AUGUUCCAAAAGCUAACAAUUUUACAGAGUAGAGGGAAAAUCAGUAUACAAAAACAGAGCAUCUACGCAUGGACGAAAGACAUACAAAUACAUAUGAAACAUUUUAUCCAUCAAACGGCUUCUUCCUCUACUUCUUCUUCUUCUUCCUCUCAACCUAACAAAUCAAUGGCUGCUUCACUAUCUUCCCUUUUCCUCUCAAACCCUCGUCCUUUUCGCCCUCCUAUAAACCCUAAAUCUAAUCCCCAUCUCGUUUUUCCACUUCGUACCCUCACUUUCUCCGCUAAAUCUAACCCACCCCCUCCGAACUCCAAUGCAAAACAACCACCCACCAUCAGAGAACCGCCGUUGCCUACUCCGCCUGUGGGGGAUGAGAAGAAGUCGUUUGCGGUGGCGACCGGCGAGCUUUUCCUUGGGAUUGCUUCACGAGUGUUGAGGCGUGGAAAUAGUUUAGUUAAUGGGUGGAAUGAGGAGCCGGCGGGUGUGACUAUGUUCAAGGAUGAUGAAGUGAGUGAGUCUUACUUUCUGAAAAGGAGGAAGGAAGGGAUAGCGUCGGUGGUUGAGGACCCUGUUCAGCCGGAGGUUGUGUGGGAACAGACGGAGAAGGAUGUGGAAGCUGAGAAGAGCCUGAAAACGGUGACUAGCCCUGGGUUUAGCUUCUCUGCUGCUGGGCUUUUGUUUCCCUAUCAUCUUGGGGUUGCUAAGCUUCUCAUUGAGAAGGGAUAUAUCAAGGAGACAACACCACUAGCUGGUUCUUCUGCUGGUGCAAUUGUCUGUGCAGUGGUUGCUUCUGGUGCCAGUAUGCAAGAGGCUCUAGAUGCUACUAAAAUAUUAGCUCAAGAUUGUCGGCUCAAAGGGACAGCAUUUCGCCUUGGGGCUGUUCUUAGAGAAGUUCUUGAGAGAUUUCUUCCAGAUGAUGCUCAUAUUAGAUGCAAUGGAAGAGUUCGUGUUGCUGUAACACAGAUACUUUGGAGGCCCAGAGGCUUAUUGGUUGAUCAGUUUGAUUCAAAGGAAGAUCUUAUCAACGCUGUCUUUACUUCUUCGUUUAUCCCAGGAUAUCUUGCUCCAAGACCAGCCACGUUUUUCAGGAAUAGACUGUGUAUUGAUGGGGGGCUGACACUGUUUAUGCCGCCGACAUCUGCUGCUCAGACGGUGCGCAUUUGUGCAUUUCCAGCCGGUCGUUUGGGAUUGCAAGGAAUUGGGAUAAGUCCUGACUGCAACCCUGAAAAUAGGGCCACUCCUCGCCAGCUUCUCAACUGGGCACUUGAGCCUGCAGAAGAUGAUAUUCUUGAUAAGCUCUUUGAACAAGGUUAUGCGGAUGCAGCUGUGUGGGCCCAGGAGAACCCAGUUGAGGACUUAAUUCGAGAUGAUGACAGUUCUUCCAUAGGCAGCAGUCUUGUACAAUAGGUUUAUCAUAAGGACUGAUUUAGUUUAAGAGUGUAUGAGAUCAAGAUGAUACACGGACGCUGCAAUGAUCAGCUCUAGGUAUACUUCAACAAUGAUGGAGCUGUUGCCUUAACAAGGAGCUGAUACUGAGGAAGAAUGAAGAGGGUCCGAAACUUGUGGUAGGUUAGCAGCAAGAUUUUGUAUAUAACAUUGCAAAGAUGUAAAUUGUAAAGGAUUCACAGAAAAACAAAAAAGAGCACAGGAUUUUGAAUAUGGAGUAUUAUUGGGGUUCUACUU